AUCUCCCCGUGGACCCCACCAUGGAGAAUAUGGUGAUCAAGUCACCGCCCUUCAGAGGGCUUUGGGAGUUUUGCAAGUUCGAAGCUCACCUCCACCAGAGCCGGAUGCAAAACGCCAGCAUCAAGCUGGUCUCCGAGUCCACCAGUACCGAGGUGCAGUGGAUCCUGCAGGAGGUGGCUGGGAACAACUUUGAGGAGUGGUAUCCCAUGCAGUUCCUGGUGGGAAAGGUGUUACAAGAAGUGCGGAUCAUCAUAGAGAUCACCCGCCCUAACAUGGUGAACCCGCCGCUUCCUCUGCCGCAUAUCGCCAUUGACAACAUCAGGAUGGUGGACUGCCUGCCGGAGCCCCCAGUCUUCAAUGGGGAAUGCCUUGUGGGGCAGCUGAAGUGCAAGAUUAUGAAUAAAGACUCGUGCAUCAAGCUGCAGCAAGUCUGCGACCUGGUCAAGGACUGCGACGAUGGAGCUGAUGAGAAUCAAAAUUGUGACAAAAUGCCGUACGGAUCAUACUGCAACUUCGAGCAAGAUGCUUGCGGCUUCGAAAACGUGCCUCAGCCGAUCCUAAGAUGGUCGAGGCACAACGGACCCACCCCUACAGACAAAACAGGCCCGAAUUUCGACCACACCUGCGGUCCCCCUGACCCUUACCCCACCCCUAUGAUCCCCCCAUUAGUCCCAGCUCACAUGAACUUCAGUUUGUCCACGUGCGUUGGAUACUACUUCUUCGUGAACAUGAACGUGACCGGGCCCAAUAAGGAAAAGGCGGAUUUCGCGUCGACGGCGACUAUCAGGACUGUGGUCUUCAACCCACCCCCUAUGGUGCAUGGGAACCUCACUUCGAAGUACUACAAUUGCUGUAUGAUAAGGUUCUAUUACCAACAAAACGGGCGAAACUACGGCUCGCUCAGCGUCGAAAUGGUGGAGCUGACCAGGAACGGGAACAACACCAAGUCCAUCUGGUUCUCCACCAAGGACAAGGGCGAGAACUGGUACCGGGCCUCGAUAUUCCUCCCCAACACCACUUCGAAAUACUACCUCGUCUUCAAGACACGAAUGGGUAUGCGUAUCUACUCAGACUCCGCAAUCGAUGACUUCUCUAUGGCUCCGGAGUGCUUCGGUCUAAACAUAGACAAGGCAGAGCUAGGGGAUUACAACUACUACGACCCCAUGCUGGAGGAGAAGACGACCACUCAUCCUGCAUUCUUGAAUAAAAUAUCGUAAUAUUCUCCUGAAAAUAGCGCAAAAUGGCAAAAGUCUCCUGAAAAUCGUUCGGCUCCUAGAAAAUGGGGAGGAGCGAAG